GCAAGUGCGUGCCCGGAAGUCCCGUGGGAGGGGCGUGACGCACAUCCGGCGCGUAGCUGGCGGUCCCGGGUGCUGCUGGUCUGUGUGCUCUGAGGGAGGGUCGCGCCGCCAGCCACCGCGGGAGGAGCCCCUCGGGCCGUUGUAAGCAUCAAUAAUGUCUUUCAUCUUUGAGUGGAUCUAUAAUGGCUUCAGCAGUGUGCUUCAGUUCCUAGGACUCUAUAAGAAAUCUGGAAAACUUGUAUUCUUGGGUUUGGACAAUGCAGGCAAAACCACUCUUCUUCACAUGCUGAAAGAUGACAGACUAGGCCAGCACGUACCAACACUACAUCCCACCUCAGAAGAACUGACAAUUGCUGGAAUGACUUUUACUACUUUUGAUCUUGGUGGACAUGAGCAAGCACGUCGGGUUUGGAAGAAUUAUCUCCCAGCGAUUAAUGGGAUAGUUUUUCUGGUGGACUGUGCAGAUCAUUCUCGUCUCAUGGAAUCCAAAGUUGAGCUUAAUGCUUUAAUGACUGAUGAAACAAUAUCCAAUGUGCCAAUUCUUAUCUUGGGAAACAAAAUUGACAGGACAGAUGCAAUCAGUGAAGAAAAACUCCGUGAAAUAUUUGGGCUUUAUGGACAGACUACAGGAAAGGGAAAUGUAUCCCUGAAAGAGCUAAACGCCCGCCCUAUGGAAGUAUUCAUGUGCAGUGUGCUCAAGAGGCAAGGCUACGGCGAGGGUUUCCGCUGGCUCUCCCAGUAUAUUGACUGAUGUUUGGACAGUGAAAAUAAAGAGUUUUUCUUCUGGACUGAUCCUAUUCACAGCUUCCUCAUGGACUUUUCUAAUAGAACAAGGAAAGCUCUCCAACCAUGUCUGGCGUUGAGAAGCCACACAUCCCUGUCUACGCUCAUUGCCCAGUGGUGACAUGUGCUCUUCUCCACUCGUGGGAAGUAACACUGCCUGUCUGCUGAAGCAGGUCAGUGUGCAGGGACUAGGGCUGGCAGGAUUUGUCAGGAAAAGCUGGGUGCCAUCAUGGGACACCUGGAAAGAAAAACACGUCUCACCACUGGUUGAUUUCAAAAGAAAGUGAUUCUAUUUUUUAAAGAAAGUGUUGUUAAUGUAAUUGGUAACCCUUCUCUAACUUUUUAAGUUCACAAUUUACUUGGUCCAGAUUUUCUAUUCUUUUUUUUUUUUUUUUUUUUUCCUAACUAGUAAAUGAAAUUUAGAUACUUCGUAAAAUUUGAACAGAGCUCCGCUGUCUAACUGCCUAGUUGGAGGUGGCACCGGAGCACAAGUGCUAGGAGAGGAUGGAGCCUUGGCCUUCACUGGGGCGUCCUCCACUGUGGUAAGGGGAGUACCUCAUCUGGAAUGGGAAGUGUCAUUGUUACAUUGUCAGCUUUACUUGCAGUUAGCAGUUUCAGCAGGCCUUGGUUUUAUGCUGUUGUGGACUUUUAUCUUUCUGUGUAGCACCUUCCUUUUUUCACUGUAGAUAUAAAAAGUGACUUUUGCCUCAUGAAAGAGUUAACAUCUCUGGUGUAGACCCACAUGCUGAGUGUCUCAAGCUUCUUACCAGGUUCUAGAAGGGUGUGUGUGUAGGUUCUGAACAGGAGGACACAGGUCACAGUCACUGUGACCUCUCUGUGUGCUCUGGUAGUGCUACAAGUGCACCUAGGAAAGACUUUGAGUGGGCUCUGUGGCUUCCACUCCAGAAGUAAGCAGAGAAACACAAAAUGGCCUUCCUGUCUGGUUUUUGGCGUCAACUCCCGGCAACAGUGAGCAUUGGUGGAAAGCAGCAGCAGCCCUCUAAGGAUUAUAGCAUUUGGUUUACUUGAGUUUUCAUGAUGUUAACUAUAUAUUCUGUCCUUGUAGUAGAUGGAAGGAGAGAUUCUCUGCAGAAGGGAGGUUAUCUUCUUAUUUCCUUUAUUGCAACAUGGGAAGUAUGUUCUUCAGUGGAAAUGCUGCUGCUGUUGCUGCUGCUACUGCUGCAUUGUGACAUGCUUGUGUCCAGCAAGAGGGUAGGGAAGGUGGGUAGCACACUUGGGGAGUGAGUUUUCACUUGUUAGUUUUGAGCAUUGAGCAUGUGGGACAGUGUUCUCUUACACUGUCAGGUUCCUAAUAUAGAGGCUUGGUGAGGUUACCUUGUCUGCAAAGUGCAUGCCUUGCAUUCACCCAUGAAUAGCUGGAAUGAGAACUGUCAGUGUGGAAAGGGUUGUUAAAGCCUUAAUGAAGGAAUCCAGUUGGCAGUGAGUGAACUAGGCUAGGUUCUGAUAUGUUUUUCAUUACUUUUGGCUAAAGGCUGCCCUUAUGGUCUCUGUCCAGACACAUGACAGGUAUGAUUGCCUUAGUAUUGGUUUUCUUAUUUGUCUUUCUCAUUUGUCCCUAAUUACCCUGUAGCAAAGCUAGAAGACUGGACUCUGCCCAGGGCGGCUCUUUGUGAAAGUGGUUUAUUCUGGCCACUGGAGAAAGAGAUGACUGAAAAGUGGCACCAGUCUGUUUCCUGCCCCACAGACAGCAUCCUAAAUAAGGUGGCCAAAAGAAGCUACCCCAGUGAGCACAGCUCCACCAGAGGGUCAGGACCUUCCUUGUGCAGGGUCUCCGAUGAAUGGAAACUCUCCAUUCUGUUCAUCAGAGCGCAAAAGUAAAACUGUCAUUUACAAAAGGUCAGUCUGUAGCCGAAGCAUUUUAAUAAAAAGCUAAAAUGAA